CUGUUGUGUUGUCACUACCGUGGCAACCUCUGUUGAUUUCUGCACAUUCAGUCAUGGAGGAGCAGAGUGAUCAAACCUGCCAUUUUUAUAAGACAGAUCCAAAUCUUCCGUUCAGGUUCAACAACCCAAACUGUUUCCAUGGUAACAGCCAAAAAAACAUUAAUCCUUUUUAUCGGACCACAAACCAAACUUACGGCAGCAGGAAGCCCACUGUUCAUGAGAUCCAGACUCAGUACAGGGGGACGUCCCGGCAGUUUUCCGAGACAAUGCUGAAGAGUGGGAUGUACUGUGAUCACGGCUUCAACACGUCUGUCGACAAGAGCAGAGUGAUGGCUCCCAUGGCAACCCAGACCAGGAGAUCCGAUCUGGGUUAUUUGAUUCACCAUGUCAGGCAGUUUCAGAACCAGGAGGGGAGCACAUGAACCGCCGUGUUCAAAUCAACCUAAAUAAAAUAAAAAAAUAAAAUAACAA